AUGACAUCGAGGCUGCUGACGUUGGAGAACCUUGACGAGAGCACGGAGGCUCAGGAAAAGCAGCUGAAGUCCAUCCUGAAAAGACACCAGAAGAUCUUCUUAGGUGACGGAAAUGCUGCCCGGCCUCCGGCGAGGGGCGUCAUCUGUGAUCUAGAUGUGGGUGAUGCCAAGCCAGUGGCACAGCGACCCCGAACGGGCGGUCCACAUUUGGCAAUCAAGGUGUACAAGUUAUUGAAGAAUCUCCUGGAAGCUACACUAAUUGAACACUCUGAAUCGCCGUGGGCAUCCCUAAUUGUGAUCGUACUCAAGAAGAAUGAAGUGGACAUUCGAUUGUGCAUCGACUAUCGAGUCGUGAACAGCUUCAUUCAAUUGUCGAACUACCCACUACCACUGAUCGACGAUCUCAUUACUGGUUUCGAAGGAAUGAUGUGGUUUAUGAGUUUUGACAUGGCGAGUGGUUUCUGGGCAGUCCGAAUGACUGAGAGGGCUAAGCUGAUCUCGGCAUUUACCUGUCCAUUCGGGCAUUUCCAAUGGAAGUCGGACCCUCAGUUGCCGAGUGAUGAAAUGGAUGCUGAACGCAGCAUGCCACCGCUAGUGGAACAAAUGACAGUUUUCAGGCGUAACAUUCCCGCCCCAUCCCAAAUGGGGUCAGUCUUGGGGAGCAGUUCGUAUAUUGAUGUCAUCGCGCAUGGGGCGGCCACGUGGGACCAACUGUGCGGUGAUCUAGAUGCGUUGCUCUAUCGGUUACGAUACUGGAGUAUCUCAGUUAGCUUGCCUAAGAGCGAGUUCGGGAAGCGUGUCAUAGCGUACCUCUCUCACGAGAUUGGUGCCGAAUGGAUACGUUCCACCCCGAAAAUCGUAAAAGACAUUCAGGAGUUACCGUUUCCGUCUACCAUGAAAGGAGUCCAGUCAUUUCUAGGCAGUCUGAAUUACUACCACAAAUUCAUCGAGGAUUAUGCCGUGGUAGCUGCUUCACUCUAUGAGUUGACAGAUGACCACGUGCGCGCAGGACGACACUUAUCCCGAGCAAAGGAAUCUUUUGCGAUCCUAAAGAGGAAGAUUGUGUCUACACCUCUACCCAGACACCCGGAUCGAACGAAACCUUUUGUGAUCAUCCCUCAUGCGAAUCAGUGGGCUGCUUGCGCGGUUCUAGGACAGAUGCAUGACGGGCUUGUUCAGCCCGUUCGAUUCACGGGGCACGUCCUGAGUGACGCCGAGCUCAAGUACCAUAUUGCUGAGAAGGAAGUUCUCGCUGUGAUGCGAGUGCUCCAUGUGUUCUAG